GAAGAGCAGAUCUGGGGGGAGAGAUGCCUGUCCUCGAGUCACUCUUGCACAGCGUGAGCAUGAAGUGUCCAGGAGACAUCCAGGGGGAGCCGCCUUGCUGCUUCCGGCCCCUAGGAGGGAGGACGGUGUUGUUUGCGCCAUUUGGUCAAAGGGAGAACCACAGCCGAGGGGUCCGAGGGGUUUGCCCAGGGAUGUGGGCUCACAGAGGGACCUCACAGCCGUAGGGAUGCCCGUGAACAAGAGCCGAGCCUGCCUUGCGGGAGGGCACAGGUUUGGCGCGGCAGCCCCAGAGGACGGCUGCCCCUCUCUUCUGCGAGACUCCGAGAUCUCCACAUGGCAGGAGCUGAGGCAGCUGCGGGAGCAGAUCCGGAGUCUGGAGGAGGAGAAGGAGGCUGUGGCUGAGGCAAUACGGGCCCUGCUGGGAAGCCAUGCACCAACCCUGCUGGGGAGCUCCUAUGAGCCCAUUUCACAGACGGGCAUACCGAGGCUCAGAGAAGAGACGAGAGUUCUCCAAGGACACACAGCUUGGAGGCACCCCGCAUUCAGACUCCAGUCUAGCCUGCUUUCCCCUCUACUGCUCCAGAUCGUAGAAGGUAAACCAGGACAACGGUCAAGUACAGCAGGACCCCCAAUAUCAGAGCCUGCGGGCACAUGGCCGGGAGAUCCGCAAGCAGCUCAUGGUCCUGUACCCCAAGGAGACCCAGCUCGAGGAGCAGUUCUUCCUGCAGGCGCUGAGGCUGCCCAACCGGACCCACCCGGAUGUGCCCCCUGGGGACGAGAGCCAGGCCCGAGUGCUGCACGUGGUCGGAGACAAGCCAGCUUUCUCCUUCCCACCCCGGGGCCACCUGGAAAUCGCCGAGAAACUCGACAUCAUCCGUCAGAAGCGCCUGUCGCACGUGUCCGGCCACCGCUCCUACUACCUCCGUGGGGCUGGGGCCCUCCUGCAGCACGGCCUGGUCAACUUCACACUCAACAAGCUCAUCCACCGGGGCUUCACUCCCAUGACAGUGCCAGACCUUCUCCGAGGAGCUGUGUUUGCUGUGGGAUGACACCAAAUGCCAACCCAUCCCAGAUUUACAACAUCGACCCCUCCCGCUUUGAAGACCUUAACCUGGCUGGGACAGCAGAGGUGGGGCUUGCAGGCUACUUCAUGGACCACUCCGUGGCCUUCAGGGACCUGCCCAUCAGGAUGGUUUGUUCCAGUACCUGCUACCGGGCUGAGACAGACACAGGGAAGGAGCCAUGGGGACUGUAUCGAGUACACCACUUCACCAAGGUGGAGAUGUUUGGGGUGACAGGCCCGGGGCUGGAGCAGAGCUCACAGCUGCUGGAGGAGUUCCUGUUCCUGCAGAUGGAGAUCUUGACGGAGCUGGGCCUGCACUUCCGCGUCCUGGACAUGCCCACCCAGGAACUGGGCCUUCCCGCCUACCGCAAGUUUGAUAUCGAGGCCUGGAUGCCAGGCCGCGGCCGCUUCGGCGAGGUAACCAGCGCGUCCAACUGCACGGACUUCCAGAGCCGCCGGCUACACAUCAUGUUCCAGAAGGAGGCUGGGGAGCUACAGUUCGCCCACACGGUGAACGCCACGGCCUGUGCCAUCCCCCGCCUCCUCAUCGCCCUCCUGGAGAGCAAUCAGCAAGAGGAUGGCUCGGUCCUCGUGCCCCCUGCCCUCCAGCCCUACCUGGGCACCGAUCGGAUCACGGCCCCCACCCACACGCCUCUCCAAUACAUCGGCCCCAACCAGCCCCAGAAGCCCAGGCGCCCGGGCCGGCCUGUUUCGAGCUGAGAACUCACCCUCAUCAGUCAGCAGGGCUGUGGCCGCUUCCUGGAGCUCGGGGGACCCCGGAAGCCCGGGACCUAUUUUC